GAAGAUGAGUGAACAAAGGCAACGCGCCCUCUCCACUUCAGGGGAGGCUCUCUACCUGGUGCUGGCCCUGGACAAGAACAGCACACACGAUGACAUCAAGAAGUCCUACAGGAAACUUGCCUUAAAAUACCACCCUGACAAGAACCCAGACAACCCUGACGCCGCAGACAAGUUUAAGGAGCUGAACAAUGCCCACACCGUCCUGUCAGAUGUCACCAAGAGGAACAUUUACGACAAAUACGGAUCCUUGGGUCUGUACGUCUCGCAGCAGUUCGGGGAGGAGAACGUCAACACGUACUUCAUGCUCUCCAGCUGGUGGGCGAAGGGCCUGUUUGCGAUCUGUGGCGUGCUGACCGGCUGCUACUUCUGCUGCUGCCUGUGCUGCUGUUUCAACUGCUGUUGUGGGAAGUGUAAGCCUCGCGUCCCCGGGGAGGAGGACGCAGAGAGUUACGUGUCGCCCGAGGACCUGGAGGAGCAGAUUCGCACGGACAUGGAAAGAGAUGGUGACACCCCCAUCGUGCAUCAGCCAACCAAUGCCAGUGAGAAGACUCAGUUGAUUGGUGAUGGGCACAGGAGCUACACCUGAG